GCCGGUUGUCCUGGAGGAUUGUGGGAAUGAUGUUGAAAGAAGGCCAACAAAGUGCCCCACUGUGUGUGUGUGUGUGUGUGUGUACUGACAUUUAUUGUCCUGUUUUUUUUUGUUUUUUUUUGUCUGCAACCCUUCAAGCUGCGUGCACGGCUGCAGAGUGGCGAGCAGCAACCAAUCCAUCAUGGCGUACUGUACGAAGCUUUCCACGCGUGACUCAUGAGGAUUAAUGACACACACACACACAGACACAGACAGGCCGACAUGUGUGUUGUUUCUCUCCUGACUCACCUCCAGACUUCAUCUUGAUGUUGAGGAACUGAACGCGAUCCGGACUUCAAAACAAAGAGGUCGCAGACAUGAGCGGCAUCACAGUUUGGGCAGAGGAUGGUGGCAUGCCUCAGGAAGAGAGUAGACCCACCCCGUCCUGGUCAGAGGAACAUUGUGAGGAGUUGUGGGAUCGCGUGGAAGGAGUCCGACACAAGCUCACCCGCAUCCUCAACCCGGCCAAGCUCACCCCGUAUUUGCGGCAGUGCAAGGUCAUUGAUGAACAGGAUGAAGACGAGGUGCUCAACUCCACUCAGUACCCUCUACGCAUCAGUAAAGCCGGCCGUUUGCUGGACAUUCUGCGUUGUCAGGGCCAACGAGGUCUUCAGGCUUUCAUGGAGUCCCUGGAGUUUUACCAUCCUGAGCAAUACACACAGCUGACAGGAGAGCAGCCGACGCAGCGUUGCUCCCUCAUACUGGACGAGGAAGGCCCAGAGGGUCUGACUCAGUUUCUGCUGCUGGAGGUCCGAAAAUUAAGAGCGCAGCUUCGAAACAGCCGGAUGUGCGAACGUCGUUUGUCUCAGCGCUGCCGGGUGGCUGAAGAGGAACGUGGCCGUGCCGAACGUAAAGCUCAGGAGUUGCGUCAUGACAGAUUGCAGCUCGAAAGGCUUCGUCAAGACUGGGAGUCGGCCAGCCGAGAGCUGGGCAAACUGAAAGACAGACACCUGGAGCAGUCCCUGAAGUACUCCAGGACCCUGGAGGAGCAAAGCAAAGCCUCCAUGCGAGAGAGAGAACUGCUCAAGCAGGUAGAGGAGCUGAAGUCCAGGUUGACGGAGGCAGAGACACACACCGUCAAUGCUGAGGGAAGUUCGACUCCAAACAGAAAGAGCAGCUUGUUGUCCACUGGAGGCCAUGGUUGUCCACCAGCUUUACCAGAAAAGCCGACGUAUCGAAUUCAGGAUGCGAAAACGGAGAACACAGGAGCUCAGAUGAAGGAUCCAGUUCCCUCUUCUGGAGUUAUAGCACUGAUGGAUAUCCUGCAGCAGGAUCGCAGAGAGGCGACAGAGCAGAGACAGGAGCUGUGCAAUAUCAUCACCAGACUGCAGGGGGAGAUACAGAGCACCGAGGAGCACAGGGACAGGCUCCAAUCGCAGUGUGAGCAGCUCCAGCUGAAGGUGAGGACUCUCCAGCUGGACUGGGAGACAGAGCAGAAGAGGAGCAUGUCCUACUUUAACCAGAUGAUGGAACUGGAAAAGGAGAGGGAUCAGGCUCUGCGAAGUCGCGACAGCAUGCAGCUGGAGUACACCGACUGUCUGCUGGACAAGAAUCGUCUGCGUAAACGCAUCGCAGAGCUGCAAGCCAACCUGGAGCAGCAACAGAGGGAGCUGGAGCGAGAGAGGGAAAAGCAAAUAGAGCAGAGGAGUCCCUGUCUGCACUGUUCCCACUUGUCUCUGUGCAGCGAAGACCAAUGCUACGGCCCCUGCUGCUCCCUCGGUCUGGACCUGGGCCUCCCGGCUAAUGGUACCCAUCUUCAGUUACGGAAGGGGCCUCCCAGAAGCCAAGCCAACGACAACUCGGAGAAUUCUCAUUCCAACUCUGAGGAGAACCUGCUGUCAUCAACAGAGGACAAUGAGAAGGAAAUCAAUCGCCUGUCAACCUUCCCAUUCCCUCCUUGCAUGAACUCCAUCAACAGAAGGUUCAACAACGAGUUCGACUUGGACUCUUGGGGUAGCGAUGAGAACGACAACAUUGCAAGUGAACAAAGCGAACCUUCUCUCUGGGAUUCCUGGAACUCCCUACACUCUCAUCUCUUCCCGCCUGACCUGGUCAACCUGCCGGUGGUUCACUCACAUGGACGCAGUCCCAGCAGUCCCGGCAGUCCCAUCAGUCCCAGGAUGCCACUCGUCUCCCCAACCUCGAGUCCCCCCAUCACGCCCAAGCACGGAAGAACCAGCCUGGCUGAUGAUAUCACCAUCAUUGGUGGAAAUCAAACCGGGAUCUUUGUCAGCUAUGUUAAAGCUGGCUCAGUAGCAGAACAAUGUGGACUGAAGGAGGGGAGUGAGCUCCUUGAGCUAGAGCGGGUUCUGUUUGGCGGUGGAAGCGUUGUAUUCAGCCAGUGCACGGCCGAGGUGGCGCACUUUUCUCUCCAGUGGUGGACCGAACCUUCCACGCUCAAACACCACGGCAACCAAGCUGCGUACGCCAAGCUGUGCUCCCAGCUUUCCUUGCCGACUUUCACGGGCGCCGACUCCUUUUAUGUUCGGGUCAAUCUCAACAUCGAGCCUCUUGGCGACCCGCCGUCUCUGGGUGUGUCAUGUGACGACAUUAUACAUGUCACGGACACGCGGUACAACGGGAAGUAUCACUGGCGCUGCUCCCUGGUGGACGCUCGCACAGCCAGCCCGCUCCAGGCAGGAAACAUGCCCAACUAUAACAGGGCGCAGCAGCUCUUAAUUGUCAAGUUACGGAAAAUGUCCCUGAAGCAAAAGGACUUCAAAAAAAAGUUCAUGAAGAAAUGCUCCGGUCGCGUUCGACUGGUAAAAGCCGUGGACCCCACCGGCCGUGGAAUUGGGUCCACACAGCAGGUUCUUUACACACUAAACAAACGACACGAGGACCACCUGAUCCCAUACAGCUUAGUGCAGCCGGUGAAGGUUCACUCAAAGCGGCCUGUCAUCUUCUCACCUUCUCUCCUCUCCCGCGGUCUCAUUGAGAGACUUCUGCAGCCUGUAGAGUCUGGUUUGCAAUACAACACCUGUGCGCCAGAGACGAUACCCGCAUCUGAGAAGAGAGACAAGAGAAUAUUUUUCUUGGACUCCUACGCUCAAGAGCCAGCGCUGGGUAUACGGCUUCAAUCCAUCCAGGAUGUCAUCAGCCAGGACAAACACUGUUUGCUAGAGUUGGGGCUUCCCUGUGUGGAGGGUUUGCUGAGACAAGGGAUUUACCCCAUCGUCAUCCACAUCCUCCCGAAGAGUAAAAAACACAAGAAGCUGAGAAAGUUUUUCCCACGGUGUGGAGACGAAUGUGCGAUGGAGGAGAUGUGCCAGACAGAGGAGUUGCAGCUGGAGACUCUGCCGCUGCUCUACUCCACCUUGGAGCCCAGCACCUGGAGCUGCACAGAAGAGCUGUUGGCGGCCAUCCGCAAUGUCAUCAGCGGCCAGCAGAUGUCAGUAGCAUGGGUUGAACCGGACCGGCUGCAGUAGAGAGAGCAGAAGGAAAGUGUUAUUUAACACAAUGUGUCACAAAACCACAGCCAGAGUUGUACAAUGCAUUCCUGUUAAAUUGACUUUUAAUCCGCCUGGGUGUGACCAGCAAUGCCAACAUUCGGAAUGGUUAUGUGGUGCCAGAAGAAUUUUUGGCACAAACAUGGCUGGACUUGUUCUCUUAUUCAAACGUGGCGGUGCUCGUAUUUGACUUGUGAGAAUACAGCAGCUCGUUUUCGGUGGAUUUAAGAUUCUUGUACUCAAUGUUACCAGUAUUACAACCAGCAAGGUGCACAUUUCUAGUGGCUUAAGUCACUUGGUCAUCAAGGGCGUACUCACACUAGGCCCCACUGUGCUGGACUUGGACACGGAUCCCUGUCCCUCUCCUGGCCCCUGCUGGCUCUUGUCCCAUCACUUCAAUUCUGCUGGAUUACAGCAUUUUCUAUGACAUUGUGGGCUAUUUCUAGUCUUAUUACAAGUCGUUGUGAUUAUUAAUUUUGCGUAAAGGUGGCAGCUGUCAGUCAUUUGUAGUGAGAGAAGCCACCACAUGAAUGAAAUGACAGAUUUGUAUUGUAGAGUAGUCAUGAGUGAGCGGGCGUGCUGAGGCUUUCCCCUUGGUUUCUAAUGCCAGUGUUGACUGGUAUGGUUUUGGGUGUGAUCUCGGCUCAGGCGCGGUACAAUUGGUCGAGUGUGAGUACGCCCUUAUAUUUGCUGUGAGAGCACAAAGAGAGCAUAGAUUUUGGUGAUCUGGUGUUCAAAUAAUUGACAUAUGAAUAUGUAGUUUUGAUUAAGACAUUGUCAAGUGUAGUGUUUUCAUAUCUGAAUGUGCUGUUCUUACUGAAUGUCAGCAGUGCUGCCUUUUUUUAACUGUAUAAUAUGUUUAUUUAAAAAAAAUAAAAUAA